AGCUUUUAUUUAUUUUUCUUUUAUAGGGUUAAUUAUUUAAAUUGUAAAGAACUUUAACUUUCCUGGGUACUUCUGCAAAGGACCUUUUUCAGUUUUGCUCAAGAGAAGGCUCUGAAUCUGUCAAGUGGCCCUUAAAGUACUUUGUGUGGGUUAUACAUAUAGAUGUUUUCAUGAAGAGAAGUGAAAAGCCAGAAGGAUAUAGACAAAUGAGGCCUAAGACCUUUCCUGCCAGUAACUAUACUGGCAGUAGCCGGCAAAUGUUGCAAGAAAUUCGGGAAUCCCUUAGGAAUUUAUCCAAACCAUCCGAUGCUGCAAAGGCUGAACAUAACAUGAGUAAAAUGUCAAUUGAAGAUCCUCGACAAGUCAGAAAUCCACCCAAAUUUGGGACUCAUCAUAAAGCCUUGCUGGAAAUUCGAAACUCUCUGCAACCAUUCGCAAAUGAAACAAGUCGGAAUACUUUAGAGGUUAAUCCACAAAUGCUUCAAGACUUACAAGCUGCUGGAUUUGAUGAGGAUAUGGUUAUACAAGCUCUUCAGAAAACUAAUAACAGAAGUAUAGAAGCUGCAAUUGAAUUCAUUAGUAAAAUGAGUUACCAAGAUCCUCGACGGGAACAGAUGGUUACAGCAGCUGCCAGACCUAUUAAUGCCAGUUUGAAACCAGGGAGUGUGCAACAAUCGGUUAACCGCAGACAAAGCUGGAAAGGUUCUAAAGAAUCCUUAGUUCCUCAGAGACAUGGCCCACCACUAGCAGAAAGUGUGGCCUAUCGUUCCGAAAGUCCCAACUCACAAACAGAUGUAGGAAAACCUUUGUCAGGAUCUGGUAUCACAGCAUUUGCUCAAGCUCACCCUAGCAACGGACAGAGAGUGAACCCCCCACCACCUCCUCAAGUAAGGAGUGUCACUCCUCCACCACCCCCAAGAGGCCAGACUCCUCCUCCACGAGGUACAACUCCACCUCCCCCCUCAUGGGAACCAAACUCUCAAACAAAGCGCUAUUCUGGGAAUAUGGAAUAUGUAAUCUCUCGAAUCUCUCCUGUUCCACCUGGAGCCUGGCAGGAGGGCUAUCCUCCACCACCUUUGAACAUGUCCCCAAUGAAUCCUCCUAAUCAGGGACAGAGAGUCAUUAGUUCUGUUCCUGUUGGCAGACAACCAAUCAUCAUGCAGAGUUCUAACAAAUUUAACUACCCACCGGGGAGACCUGGAAUUCAGAAUGGUAGUGGUCAAACUGAUUUUAUGAUACACCAAAAUGUCCCUACUGGUGCAGUGAAUCGGCAACCACCCCCUCCGUAUCCUCUGACCCCAACUAAUGGACAAAGCCCUUCUGCUUUACAAACAGGGGGAUCUGCUGCUUCUUCAUCAUAUACAAAUGGAAAUAUUCCUCAAUCUAUGAUGGUGCCAAAUAGGAAUAGUCAUAAUAUGGAACUUUAUAACAUUAGUGUUCCUGGACUUCAAACAACUUGGCCUCAGUCAUCUUCAGCUCCAGCCCAGUCAUCCCCAAGCAUUGGGCAUGAAAUCCCUACAUGGCAACCUAACAUACCAGUGAGGUCAAAUUCUUUUAAUAACCCACUAGGAAAUAGAACAAGUCAUUCUGCUAACUCUCAGCCUUCAGCCACAACAGUCACUGCAAUUACACCAGCUCCAAUACAGCAACCCGUGAAAAGCAUACGUGUGUUAAAACCAGAGCUACAGACUGCUUUAGCACCUACUCAUCCUUCUUGGAUACCACAGCCAAUUCAAACUGUUCAACCUAGUCCUUUUUCUGAGGGUACCACUUCAAAUAUGACUGUUAUGUCACCUGUUGCUGAAGCUCCAAACUAUCAAGGUCCACCACCACCUUAUCCAAAACAUCUGCUACACCAAAACCCAUCUGUUCCUCCAUAUGAUUCAAUCAAUAAAUCUAACAAAGAGGAUCAGUCAACUGUGCCCAAGGAAGAUGAGGGUGAAAAAAGUUAUGAAAAUGUUGAUAGUGGGGAUAAAGAAAAGAAACAGAUUACAACUUCACCUAUCACCGUUAGGAAAAACAAGAAAGAUGAAGAGCGAAGGGAAUCUCGUAUUCAAAGUUACUCUCCUCAGGCAUUUAAAUUCUUUAUGGAGCAACAUGUAGAAAAUGUUCUCAAAUCUCAUCAGCAACGUCUACAUCGUAAAAAACAAUUAGAGAAUGAAAUGAUGCGGGUUGGAUUAUCUCAAGAAGCCCAGGAUCAAAUGAGAAAGAUGCUUUGCCAAAAAGAGUCUAAUUACAUCCGUCUUAAGAGGGCUAAAAUGGACAAGUCUAUGUUUGUGAAGAUAAAGACACUAGGAAUAGGAGCAUUUGGUGAAGUCUGUCUAGCAAGAAAAGUAGAUACUAAGGCAUUAUAUGCAACAAAAACUCUUCGAAAGAAAGAUGUUCUACUUCGAAAUCAGGUUGCUCAUGUUAAAGCUGAGCGAGAUAUCCUGGCCGAAGCUGACAAUGAAUGGGUAGUUCGUCUCUAUUAUUCAUUCCAAGAUAAGGACCAUUUAUACUUUGUAAUGGACUACAUUCCUGGGGGUGAUAUGAUGAGCCUACUAAUUAGAAUGGGCAUCUUUCCAGAAAAUCUGGCACGAUUCUACAUAGCAGAACUUACCUGUGCAGUUGAAAGUGUUCAUAAAAUGGGUUUUAUUCAUAGAGAUAUUAAACCUGAUAACAUUUUGAUUGAUCGUGAUGGUCAUAUUAAAUUGACUGACUUCGGCCUCUGCACUGGCUUCAGAUGGACACAUGAUUCUAAGUACUACCAGAGUGGUGACCAUUCACGACAAGAUAGCAUGGAUUUCAGUAAUGAAUGGGGUGACCCUUCUAACUGUCGAUGUGGAGAUAGAUUGAAGCCACUAGAACGGAGAGCUGCACGCCAGCACCAGCGAUGUCUAGCACAUUCUUUGGUUGGGACUCCCAAUUAUAUUGCACCUGAAGUGUUGUUACGAACAGGCUAUACACAGUUAUGUGAUUGGUGGAGUGUCGGUGUAAUUCUUUUUGAAAUGUUGGUGGGACAACCUCCUUUUUUGGCACAAACACCAUUAGAAACACAAAUGAAGGUUAUCAACUGGCAAACAUCUCUUCACAUUCCUCCUCAAGCUAAAUUGAGUCCUGAAGCCUCUGAUCUUAUAAUCAAACUUUGCCGAGGACCAGAAGAUCGCUUAGGCAAGAAUGGUGCUGAUGAAAUAAAAGCUCAUCCGUUUUUUAAAACAAUUGAUUUCUCCAGUGACCUGAGACAACAACCUGCUUCAUAUAUUCCUAAAAUCACACACCCAACAGAUACAUCAAAUUUUGAUCCUGUUGAUCCUGACAAAUUAUGGAGUGAUGAUAAAGAGGAAGAAAAUGUGAAUGACACUCUCAACGGAUGGUAUAAAAAUGGAAAGCACCCUGAACAUGCUUUCUAUGAAUUUACCUUUAGGAGGUUUUUUGAUGACAAUGGCUACCCAUAUAAUUAUCCAAAGCCUAUUGAAUAUGAAUAUAUUAAUUCGCAAGACUCAGGGCAACAGUCAGAUGAAGAUGAUCAGCACACAGGCUCAGAGAUCAAAAAUCGUGAUCUAGUGUAUGUUUAACACACUAGGAAAUAACUGUAAUGAGGAUUUGCAAAAAGGCCUGAAAUGCAGGGGUUUUGAGGCUCUGAGUAAAAUUAUGCAAAUGUGACAGAGCUGUGUGUGUGUGCUCUGUGCACAAUAUUUUAUUUUCCUAAAUUAUGGAAAAAUCCUUUUAAAAUGUUAAUUUAUUCCAGCCUUUAUAAUCAGUAAUUUAGAAAAAAAAUUGUUAUAAAGUAAAUUAUGAAUUGAAUAUUAUAGUCGGUUCUUGGUACUUAAAGUACUGAAAAUAAUAAAUAAUAAAAAUUGUGUGCUUUGUUUAAAAGGAGAAGCCUGGUAUCUAUUUGUACAUAUGCUAAAUCAUUUUAAAAGACAAGAGUUUUUGAAAAUUUUUUGAAAGACAGUUUUAGUUUUAUUUUGCUUUAACCAAAUAAGAAAUAUACCCCACAUUUACAAAGUCCCCCCCCCCCUUCCCCACUCCCAUAACCUUGUUUUUGGUACAAAAUAAGCUAUAGAAAUGAAGCCAUCAUGGUGGUGAGUGUUCCUAGGCUAAUGAUAAUUUGUAUAAUUCAUGUCUUGGAACUAAGAAAUACAGGGUGACAGGGUUGAAACAGGAUGCUCAUCAGAAGGGAAAAAUAGAUAAACUUCAUUUACUUCCCACCUUGGAAUAUUUAAUCUAGCAUUUGUUUCUCAAGAAUAACUGUCAUUAAAGGAAACAAAGCACUGCCAUUUUUCUUUACAUCUUGGUAUUUUUAACGCUGCUUCCAGGUGGUUUUUUUGGUUUGUGUUUUGCCUUAUAUGAAAUUUUUUCUUAGUUGGGUUGAUAUAUUACAUCAUGUUUUGGAGAUUCCUGUACAUCUUAAAUUACUACUCUUAGAAGACUUUUUGGUCUUGAAAUUAAAACCACUAACAGGAGCAUAUCUUCUGCAGUCAAUCCAUUGUUAUCUUGGAAAAAGACAUCAAUAUGUUGCUAGAAAAGAAGCCUGACUAUAUUUGUGGAUAUAUAUUUACAUCAAGUAUGAGGGCUAUUCUUUUCUUCUUAUUUACUACAUGUCUAUUUGCAUCUAUUCAUUAAAAAUUCCAACAUGUGCUGUUUGUGCUGCUUCCAGUUUUAAAAGGGGAACAAAGCUGCCAUGAAUCAAAAUUUCUUAUACUAAAAGCUAAGAUUCUCCAUAUUUUUGCUUUGAAAUUUAAGAAGUAUUUCCACCAUCCUAAGCAGAGAUUUUCAGUUUCAUAUGAAACUGAUUAGAAAUUAUUUAUGGAUACUCACUAGAACCGUAUUUUUUCUAUAUUGUGAUAGUUUUGAUUAUGUCAUCACUAAUGUUGCAGGUUUCCUCUUUCAGAACAGUGCUUCAUACAUGGAUUGUUUAUUGGCAAAAAAAAAAGCUGGCUAUUUGGCAAUAUUUUCCCUAUGGGCGAUUGAUUGAUGAAAAAUUAUUACUUAACUCUUAAUUUAGGGGCCAUUAGUAAUUAGGGAAAGUUACAUAGUGGUCCUAGUAGAAAUUCAAGUCCUCCUAACCUAUUUUAAGGUUAAAUAAUAUGUUUUCAACAUUCCUAUUAUAUAGGCUUAGGUUACAAGGAGACUUGUGCUCUCAUACCAAAAUAUACUUAACUUAUCUUUUAGGGAAAAGGGUUCUAUUCUUAUUAGUAAAAUUUAUAUUUUCUUUUUCUUAAGCUCCACUGAUAAGGAAUUUUAUCAAAACAGUAAUUGUGGAUAAGAGGCAUACUUUUAGUGAUUUUCAGACUUUUAGCUUUUUUUAUAUGAAAGCUAAUGGAAAUCAUAUACGUAAGUAAAAUCAAGUCAAAGCUAUUCCAGUUGAACUGGGGAGGGCAAAGAUUUAUUAGCUCACAGUUCUCAUCUUUCUAUAGGUAGCCCUCUCAGAGCUCAGCUUGUAAACCACUGCACAACACGCUGUGUAAUGGACUGGUCUUUGGGGAUCAUUUUGAAAUGUGAUGAAAGCUGUGGACUCUCUUCCCAGAAUAAUGGACAUCAACACAUAAUGAAUAAAAUGUGUGCAGUUUUAGGGGCUCUGGACAUGUUGAAACAUGUCAACUCUUGGUUAAAGACCUUUGUCCUAUAAGAACACUGAUAUAUUAAACUAAGAACUUUGCUUUAAAUUUACUGGUUAAUGUUCAGAUUAGCACAUCUUGUAUAAACACUGAUAAUUUGUGAUGGAAAAGGUCUGUACUAUGUGAUAACAUAACCCUAUGAAUGCCUCUCUUGCUGGUACAGCACUGAGACUUUUUUUUUUUUUUUACUAAGACAUUUUAAACACACCCUUUUAAGGGCAUUGACAUGGUUGGCUCUACAGACUUGAUAUAGAAAUACUUGCGAAGGACUUCUAAUCAGACAGUCGUAAGAAAAUGCACUAUGAGAUGGCAGUCUGCAUUUCAUGGAACAUUUGAUUAGUUCUAUAAAAACAAACUAGUUCAAGAAUUUUUAGCUCACUAUUCAAAAUUUUAAGACAUCCCUCUUGCUCUUGGGCUUUCUCAGUCACAUUUAAAUUUCCAUUUAGUGGUUUUACUAUGGUGUAAUACAGUCUAAAACCAACUUUGUUAAAUUUCUGUAAUAGAAAAACUAAGGUGCUGUCUCCUUCCUCUCUUUCCCCACAAAAUCUGUUUUGCCCCCAUUUCUCAAAUGUAACAGACACUACAAAUUUUAUAUUCUUUUGAAACUUCCUGACAGAAUAAACUUUUUGGGCUUAUCCGAAGCCAUGUACAAGCCUUUAGUAUCUGUACUUUUAAUAGUUUGGAUAUACUGAUUAGCUAUCUUAUUCCCAAACUAUAUCCAGUUCUUCCAGUAUAGAAUCUGGUGCUUCCUGACCAAAAAGAUGAGAACAAAAUUCUAUAUGCCUUCAAUUGAAAUGGAGUGAAAACAUUGGUUAUACAUGUUUUCUUUUUAAAAAAUUUUCCCACUCGUUAAAAUCUUACUGUUUUUGUUAUACUUACCCUUUUAUGCCUAUCAAUAGUAUUUAUAAAGUGUUCUAUAAUUAUGUAAUUGUAGAUACUGUUAUGUAUUUUUCAGUGACAUCCUAAGGCGGGCCCUAUUGCUGUAUCUUUUCUACCUUAUUUGUAAUAGAAACUAUAGAAUGUAUGACUAAGAAGUCACUUUGAGAUUGACUUUUUAAAAAAGUGAUUACCUUCUGCUGUUGCAAAGUGCAAAACUGUGAGUGGAAAUGUUUUAUUCUGACUUAAUAAUAUGUUAGUAACUAGAAAAUACAGUGGGAGGAUUUUUAGAUAUUGCUGCUGCUGUUACCUAAGGUACUUUAGACAAUUUCUUUAAUAAACAAAAAUAAAAAUCCAUUUGGUAUUUAAAGUGAAACAAUAGCCUAUUUUAAUCUAAAAAAGUAAUGUGGGUCAACCUAUUAGUAUAUUUGUAAAGCGCCUUAAUAUAUCCCUUCGUGGAAGGCACUGUACCACAGUUUACUUUUAUAUUGUAUUGUGUAUAUAAGUAUUUUGUAUUAAAAUUGAAUCAGUACAACACUACAAUUUUAUAAAAUAAAGCUUUGUUAGGAAAAGGAAUUACAGCUUUGCAAUAUAAAUUGUUUUGCAUACUUUUGAAUGUAGUAGAUAUGAAUAAUCAGCCUGUUUUUAAUGAACCUAUUUGUAUUUCCCCAAUCAUUUUAUCUAGUGUAACAUUUGCUGGGAUAAUAAAAAAAAGCAAAAUUCAAAUCUUUCAA